AUGGCUACAGGGACGUACUCAUUGGCAGAAGUGCUGGCUGUUGCGGAAAAUCAUCCUUUCUACAAUGAGAAUAUACUGUACCCAGCCGAUUCAAAAUCAGUCACGAAACUUCAGGAGUCCGCUUUCAGUAAAGAGAAGAAAGCAGAUCUCGAAGAACAGCCAUUGCUUGAUAAAAAAACACUGUAUAAAUCAAUUAAAAGACUCACUCAUGAUGUGGACCCGAGAAAUACGUAUCGUCAUGGCUCAUACAUGAGUAUUACUGGCGGUGGAUCUGGCUCAAUUCCAAUGAUGUUCGCCGUAGACGCGCAUGAGAAUCGUCGACAGCGGGCUCGGAUGGGAGAUUUGCUUAGAGUCUGUGGUGUUAUUGAAUCGAAAGACUUCGUGUUGUCUACUCACCUCGCUGGAGGAUUUUAUAGAUCACUGGAUCUGGUAACAGAAAUGAUAGAAAAUGCAGGAGGGACUAUGCUUAGCGCCGGUGCUUACAUGCCACCCGCCGAAGUUGCAAAAUCUCUAGCUAACUACCAUGUCAACGCUCUUACUGGCGACGGUAGCCAAGUUGUUCAGACUGUCCAACACAUCUCCUUGAUGGCGAAAGAGGAUCGUGAUCGUAUCGUACUGAAUAAGAUCAUCUACACCUCGGAGCCAUUGACCGGUCCUCAACGCGUGUUUAUAAAGUCUGUACUGGGUGAUGUUGAGAUUUUUUCUAUAAUGGGUAGUGCUGAAGCGGGUCCCUGGGCAAUCAGCAGUCCAAAGUUGACUGGAGAGCAAGAUGUCAAAGAAAUUGCCACCGAUUUUAUCUUUGACACGAGAAGUAUGUUACUCGAGAUCUUCCACCCCUCCGUCAGUGAUGGUAUAGCUCCACUCGUUUGCCUUCCACAGGGAGAGAAAGGUCUCAUGGUACAAACUUCGUUCCAAAGAUUGCGCAACCCACUAGUACGCUAUAUCACCGGCGAUAUCGGCUCCGUUCAUCCACUUCCGGAUACUGCUUCUGCUGUAGUACCUGAGCUUGAUCGGAAGUUCCUACGUAUUAUACGUAUGCGAGGGCGUGAUAAUCGGUUCAGCUUUAAGUGGUAUGGUUGUUAUUUUGAGUUUCAGAGAAUCGAAGCUUUCAUGCAGAAAAAAGAUAACGGUGUCCUGCAAUGGCAAAUCAUAUUGGAUCGACUGGAUGAUACCCCACAGGCGACCCUGGAAAUUCGCUUACUUCGAUCACCUCCAAGAGAUGGAGUUCUCUCCGCCCAAUCUAUAACGGAACGAUUGCAGACCUUCUUUCUCAUUACACCUGAAAAUGAACAUCUGGUACAAAUUGUGUUUUUGGACAGUUUGGACGGGUUUGAGCGAAGCAUUACCGCAGGAAAAGUAAUCAAAUUUGUGGACCGUUGGCACUGA